AUGGGUCCUACCGGGUCGGGAAAAUCCCGACUAUCUGUUGACAUUGCGACCCGAAUCCAAUGCGAAAUAAUUAACUCGGAUAAAAUCCAACUUUACAAAGGACUUGACAUUCUCACUAAUAGAAUGCCUGUCGAAGAACAACUCAGAAUUCGUCACCAUUUACUCGGUGAGUUUGACUCAGCGAGUCAAGGCGAGUUGACUCCCUUACAGUAUCGUCAAAUUGGUAGUUAUAUUAUUUCUGAUAUUAUUUCUCGCGGGAAAGUGCCAAUAAUUGUGGGAGGUUCAAACUCGUUUAUUUACGCACUUUUAUCAAAUGGGUAUAACCCUAACUCGGAUAUAUUUUCCGGGUUAGACUCGGUUUGUAACGAGUUAAGAUAUAAUUGUUGUUUUUUAUUAAUGGAUGUUUGUGUCCCUGUGUUGAAUGAGUAUUUAGUUAAGCGAGUUGAUGAUAUGCUUGACUCGGGUAUGAUGGACGAGUUAACUCAGCUUUAUGAUGAGUUUGAGAUGAAUAGAAUAAAAAAGAAUUGUGGGUUAACUAAGGCUAUUGGGGUACCUGAAUUUGAAGAGUAUUUUAGGUAUGGUUUUGGAGGAGGGAAAAAUGAAAUUGUGCGUAAGGCUAUUUUUGAAGAAGCUGUUAAGAAUAUGAAGAAUAAUACUUGUGAACUUGCGAAAACACAAAUUGGAAAAAUUGAAUGUUUGGAAAAUGGUGGGUGGAAAACGAAUAGAAUCGAUGGUACCGAUUCGUUAAGAGUGAUUUUGGAUGGGUCUAAGAAUUUUUCCGAUGUUUGGGACAAGCAAGUAAUGGAGCCAUGCAUGAAGAUUGUUAACUCUUUCUUAAAGGAUUAG